AUGCAGCAGGCCGCGUCGUCGUCCGCGCCGCCCGCCGGCUUCCGCGAGGAGGUGACCGACGACGGCUGGGUCCUCCUCGGCACCGGCAGCAGCAGCGACACGGCGGCCGUGGCCAGGCCGCCGAGGCCACCGCGGCGCGGCGGGAACAGGCCUCCAGCAGGCGCCCAGCCGCCCUUCGACUUCGACCCCGCCCCGGACAACCUCGUCGGACGGUACCUGCCCGCGCGCCGCGCCCUGCGGUGCGGUGACCUGCCGCCGCAGAUCCACGACGCCGACGUCUACGGCGCGCACCCGGCGUUCCUCGCCAGGCACCCGCCCGCCAGCGGCGCCCGGCCCGAGUGGCUCUUCUUCGUCUGCCGCGGGCGGGGGCUCGGCGGCAAGCGGAGGGCCGGGCCCGGGGCGUACCGCCUCACCGGCGAGGCCGAUCCCGGCGGCGCCGCGUGGUACUGCCACUGCUUCCGCUACUACGAGGACGCCGUGGAGGCCAGCGCCGGGAGGGAGACGGAGUGGCGCAUGGAGGAGUACGGCGACCGCUGCCCCGGCGGCGGCGGCGGCGGGGCGUUCGACGUGGUCGUGUGCAAGGUGUUCCCGGCGCGCGGCGGGGCGCUCGACGGGAGGCUCCGCCUCGACGCCGCGGCGCGGCGCGCGGGCGCCGACGACGUGAGGCCGCAGGUGCUCGUGCAGCUCUACCUCGCCAGCCUCAGCGCCGGGGACCCGCUGCGGUGCCGCAUGCACCGCGCCGCCGACGUGUGCGCGGCGCACCCGGCGGUGCUCACGGCCGUGCUGCCGCCGGCCAACGACCAGUUCGAGUGGUUCUUCGUGGUGCGGCGCCCGCGAACCGAGCUUCCCGUAUGGCGAACACGGCGGCGACGAGGAGCUGGUCGUGUACAAGGGUUAAAAACACUAAAAUGCAGUCCAGGAUCAGCAUCAAUCCAAAGGCUGAUGCACAUACUUCCAGCAGAAAGAUGA